GUCACACGGUGCUUUACUUCUCUGACUUCCUUUCCCAUCUUUUUCUUCUGUUCCCAUCCUCGACUCUUCUGAUCUGGCCUGACCAAGGCAACAGCCUCCUAUCGUACUCGCCGAUCAUCCUCUCGACUACGAUGUUGGCCUCCCUGUUGGUGGCGGCGGGCUUCUCAGCAUCGGCUGUGGCAGCCCCGUCAACUUUGUAUCCUCAGACAAAAUGCAUGGAUGUUGCCAGCAAGAUCCAAAAGGCCAUUCGCCAUGGAUUUCCUCGCUUUGUGACUGUCGAUGAGAAUCGAAAUUGCAAACCUCAAUAUCGGCUUAACAGGGGCGAGUGCUGGGAUCACAUGAGCCCCGACAACAAUUGCAAGGCGUACUGUGAAACAAGCCAUGGGUGGUAUUGGGGCCACCCGCGGGUCCUGGGCGUUCGGAGCUGGCACAACCCAUGUCAACGAAGCGAUAGUUGCGGGAUCUCUGUGAGUCUCGGUGGCCCAGUCGGCGAAGCCACGACCGUCAUGAUCAAGGACGAAUCUUCCACUGGAAACAGCACCACUUACAAGGAUGGAAUAUCAUGGAGCGAUACAUGGACUGUUGCGGAUACCUUCAACUUCGGGGUAACCGGCACAGCCGGUGUCGGUCUGUCUAAUAUACCGCUGUUUGAUGGGAUUCCAAUCAUGGGAAAGGCCGGUGUGGACAUGACAUCGGGUUAUACACACAGCGACGGCCAAAGAUUCGAGCAAAGCCGAAAGCGGAGUGUGGAUUGGGAGAGUAAUGUCAAGUCUUCUCAGUCGUAUGGGAUCACGAGGACGCGGCAAAGAUCCCUCUCAUACUCUACAACCGGUAGUUGGUCAAAAGACGUUUGGGCCAAUGACUAUUGUGGCAGCUGGUUUGCGGUGCCGCUCUUGGGGAUGAGUUGUGGCAGAGCAGCGAUGGGCGACUUGGUGAAGAAUCCUCUCAAUAACCACACUCGAUGCAAUCUCGACAAGUUUGGAUCGUUCGACGUGUGUGCCUCGUAUGGGUUCAAGCACGAGACCGUUCCCGAUGAAUCUCGCACCAGGACGGUAUUUGUGCUGCGCGACUGCAAGCGAGGUUUUAUCCUCCCUGGCGAGUGGCAGCAACAUGAGUUUGCCUACAGCACCAUUUCGUCCAUGCCUGAGUACUACAGGGACCACAUCUCGAGAUGGGGCAUCAGAAACCUGGACGAGAAGCCCGAGGACGAUGAAUGGGUGUUCCAGAGACAGAUGGACCAGAAGCUCCACAAGUUCACAAAGAACAUUGGCGUUACCGACUACAACUUCAAGUACUGCGGAGAGGGCGAGUACUGCGUCCAACUGAAAUUGACCAAGGAUCGGUGCUAUGAUAUCCCGCGUGGCUAUGUCAGUAUGCCCGAUGAAAGCCCCAAAUCAGCCCACGUUGUUUCGGCCACCGUCAUGCCCGGCCACUGCUGUAUGCUUUUCUCCAGACACCAAUGUCUUGGACAGGCACAGCGUCUGCUCCCCGGAGAUACGAAGCUGGAAGAGGUUGCGUAUGAGGGUCUCGCCCACAGUGUUGUCUGCAAUGCGAGUGAGUAUUGCCGCUCUCAGACAGACGAAGGUUAUAGCAGCGCCAGCGAGGAUGACCGUGGAUUUCCAGAAUUGAUUGGGACGGCAAAACUUCUUCGGAUACCCUCGGAGUAA